UAAGUCUAAUUUAUAACCAAAAAUAACCCCUCCUUUCAUUCAAUAGAAGAUAUGAUAGAAAACGCAGAAGUAAUCAUGGACGUUGGGCAAGCUCCUGUUACUUCUACCUUCAUCGUUUCCCAGCUUCCACGGCAGUAUAAUGAAGCAGAUUUACAAAACAUACCUCAAGAAAUUGAUGAAGAACAAAAUAUCGUAGUACAAGUAAUAAAAUUAAUGAAGACAAUUUAUUAUAAAUAUGAAACUAUUUCUUUUUUUAUUUUUAGCUUAACGAAUUGGAAAGUCAUGAUGAAGGAGAAAAUAUGGGCUUUGCAGAAAUCAUGCCAAUAAUUUCUGAACUUUCAGACCAAGGUAUUAACGUACAUUCAGAGAAAUUUACCGGCUUAGAAAUCGACAUUGAAACAACUCAAAUGCAGUGCAGUGAAGAUAUUCAAACUACUUUCCAAAGUGGGGAAUCCGAAAACCAAAAGGAAAUUUUGGAGCUAGAAGAACAGAUCGAAGUGAUCGAAAUAAAUACUAAGAGUUAUUUAGAACCAAAUCAACUAAAUGAGACAAGAAGAGAAAAGAAAAAACUUGUAAGAAAGAAAGUGCGCAAACCUCAAACAUGGAAAAAUAAUAUUCGAAAAGAACUCUGCCAAAAAGGUAAGGAAUAUAUUAACACAAGGGGAAAACAAGUUAGCGCAAAAACUAUCGUGAAUAAAAAAGAUUGUAAUAAUAAAUGCAAAUUUCAAUGCGGCAAACAAAUUGGAGAGAAUGCCAGACAGAAGUUGUUUGAUUACUAUUAUGAAUUAAAUCAAAAUGAAAAAUAUGUAUUUCUUAAGCAAGUAACUGAAAGGUAUGUUAAAGGACGGAAAACUACAGAAGGUCCUUCUCGUCGUGCUUAUUCGUUCAAAUAUUUUUUUAAAGUUCAAGAGGAGAGAAUACAAGUAUGCAAAUCAUUUUUUUUAGGAACACUAAGUAUUUCUCAAAAACCCAUAUACACUGUACAUUCAGUUGAUCGCGACACUCCAAAAAAAGAUAUGAGAGGAAAGACUGGCACUAGAAAAUUAAGUAGUGAGAAUAAGCAAGUUGUUAUUGACCAUAUAAAUAAGUUUAAUGUAGUAGAAUCUCAUUACUGUAGACAAAAAAGUCAGAAAAAAUAUUUGGAAGCCACAUUAACUAUCCCAAAAAUGUAUGAUUUAUAUCUUACAUUUUGUGCAGAAAAUGGCAUAGAAAAUCCAGUUAAACUGUCAAUGUACAGACACAUUUUUUCAACUAACUUUAACUAUAGCUUCCAUAAGCCUAAAAAAGAUGUUUGUGAAACCUGCUCCACCUACUAUUUUAAAAAAAAGGAAAAUAGGCUAAAUGACAUAGAAGGAGAAGCUAUGGAAAGACAUAUUGCAGAAAAACAAGCUAUGAGAAGAGAGAAAGACAAUGAUAAAAAAAGUAAUGUUCCUAUUUUAUGUUUCGAUCUAGAAAAUGUGAUAACCUGUCCAAGAUCUUUUGUUGGAAACCACUUUUAUUUGCAAAAGUUGACUAUGUAUAAUUUAACUGGUCAUUUGUCCACAACAAACAAAGCGUAUUGUGCCCUAUGGAUUGAAACCAUUCAGGGCCGAAGUGGUAAUUGCCUGGCUAGUGCCUUUAAGAAAAUCAUUGAGAAGGUUCUAGAGGACAACCAUUUAACCGAACUUAUUACUUGGAGCGACAGCUGCGUCCCACAGAAUCGCAAUUCCCACAUAUCUUUCUGCGUUUUAGAUUUACUUAGAAAUCAACCAGACCUUCAACAUUUAACUAUGAAAUACUCCAUACCCGGGCAUGGUGCUGUACAAGAGGUCGAUAAUAUUCAUAGCCAAAUUAAGAAGCGCAUGUCACAGUUACAAUUCUUUUCACCUUUGGGUUUCAUUAAGGAACUUAAACAAGUGAAUAAAAAAAACCCGUUUGUUACCAUUUUGAUGAAAGAAUCGGAUUUUAUGAACUAUGGGGAGUGUUCUAAGCAAAUGAAGUAUGAUAACAUACCAUUCAGCAAAGUUUCUACCAUACACUUUUCCAAAUCCGAUUUAACCGAAGUAUCAUUUAAAAGAAGUCACGCAGAUAAUGAAUUUGUAAAAAUUUCGAUAAGUCCUGCUGUUCCUGGCCUUCCUCGUCGUCGGAGCAAAAAAACCGCAGCAGUUAAAGCCCCACCUGAAAUUGCAAAGCUCAUACCAAAGAUUCUAUCAAACAAGAAAGAAAUUUCUCAAGAAAAAAUGGAUGCUAUAAAAAAAUGCUGUCCUCAAUGCCGCAGGUUGAUCAAGAUUUUUAUAAAGACAUAUUAG